UCUGCGAGGGACCUUCCCUACGCUUUUGGCCUCUCUGUUCGCUCCCCAUGUUUCUUGGCUGCAGCUGCAGCAGGCCUCCUCUCUGCCCUUUUUCUCCCGGUGAAGUGAAGCUUCUUUUCUUGCCUUGUUCAAGUUUCUCAUCGCCCUGUUUUUAUUUCCUGCCAAAAGAUUGCAAAACCUUUUUGUUUCUCAUCUCAAGUUUCAGAUUGCAAAACCUUUUGUUUCGAAAUCCUUGUUUUCAAAAGAUGCAACCUUUUGUUUCGACCAAGGAUUGAAAACUCCCAGCUAGGUUUUGGUCCUCUGCAUCCGCACAUCAGUCCCGAGUUGAUCUUCGCGAGUUCCCACGCUGUAGGAGUAGUUCUGUUUCUGUAGUCUCGUUGCUUUUCCUGCAUCCAUCCAUUCAACGCUUGCUUCUCUCUCUGACGCAUCAGUUCCUGCAGCAGCUACGAGGACCAUGGGCCGCGCGAUGAGAUGGCUCAAGAAGGUGCUCACCGGCAGCAGCAAGAAGGAAGCGGACUGCAGGGAUCGCAAGGCACACAAUGCCGCCGCGUGCGCCGGCGGCGGCGGCGGCGGCGGUGUCGGGCUGGGCCCGCCGCCGCAGGCGGAGAAGAGGCGGUGGAGCUUCGCGAAGCCGAGGAACAGCGUGGCUGACUCCGGCCGGAGGCCCUCCUCCGUGACCGCCGUCGCCGCCGGGGAGCUGCUGUCGCAGGUGCGCCCCUGCAACUGCGGCCAGGAGCGCGAGGUCGAGGCCGCCGUCGUCAUCCAGAAGGCCUUCAGAGGCUACUUGGCUCGGAAGGCACUCCGUGCUCUCAGGUCGCUCGUGAAGCUGCAAGCUCUGGUGCGUGGCUACCUCGUGAGGAAGCAGACCGCCAUGACGCUGCGCAGGCUGCAGGCGCUCAUGAGGCUCCAGGCCAAGACGGCGUCGUCCCGGAAAUCCGUUGAGCAAGAGCGGAUCGUUGCGCGCGGCGUGAAGCCACUGGCCGUGCCUGCGGUGCACCGGCGGCGGCUUUCCGACGGCGGGGACACCGGGUUCGAUCGCAGCCCGAGGAUCGUGGAGAUGGACACGUGCCAGCUCCGGUGCCGGUCGUCCCGGAUCACGAGCCGGUACGCCGGCGAAUACCAGCAGCCGGGCGCCUCGCCGCUCCUCCUCUUGCACAAGCCGUCGGCGUGGCGCCGCCUCCAUGAGCAAGAGCUGGAGCCUCCGCACCCCAAGACAACGCACAACACGCCGCGCCUCAGCGCGUUCCCGGGCUACUACCUCGGGUCGCCGGCGAAACCGGGGCGAAACCGGGACGCCGCCGGGAGCAGCCCGCGGUACAUGGCGGACACGGCGUCGUCCGUGGCGCGCACCCGGUGCCAGAGCGCGCCCAAACAGCGGCAGCAGGGCGAGCACGCGGGGCAACAGGAGCAGGCGGCCGAGGCGAGGCCCAGCGUCGGCCGCUGCGGGUCGAGGAAGCAGGCGCGGUCGCAGCUGCAGGCGAUGGACAGCUUCAGCUUCAAGAGCUCGGAGACCAGCCGCAGCCGCGUGGAGGGAUCGGAGGUGAGCGACGAGGUCACCAGAGACUACUACCUGGACCGGCUCUGGUGAUUCUGCCUUUACACCGAGUCACCCGACUGGUCUAGGAGAAGGAAGGUUAACAAUUCGGUACAUAGUAUUAGUAUUAUUAUUAGGAUCAAACAAGGUGUAGAUCAUGGUGAAAUAUAAUACCAUGAUGUGCUAGUUCGACUACUACCAAUCUCUACUGCCAUGGAGCUCGAGUAUCAUAGUAUGUAUGGUGUCAUAGAGAAGUCAAUAAAUUGUGUUCUAGCACUACAUUUCCACUA